AUGGAAGCUUUGUUUGCUUCUACUUUAGAAGUUUUCUAUGAUAAAAUGUUUGCUGCUACUUUAAACAUUCCUUCAUAUAUAUCAAUGCAUAUUCUCAAUACAGAUAAAAAAAGUAGAUAUACUCCAACUACACCACUUAAUCUAAUUAUACAGCAAUUAUUUAUCGAAGACUGGAAUACAAAGAUAUCGUUUGAACAAUAUUAUGCUGGUUGUCAACCAUCGUCAUGUUCAUAUAUAGUGCAAAUACGUCGGGAACCAAUUGAAGUAGUAACUGCUUUACUCGGUAUAAUUGGUGGUCUGACAACAGUUUUAAAAUUCGUAACACCUCAUAUUGUGAAAGGACUAGUUGCUUUAAUUGCAAAAUGUCAAAAAAAGGAAGAAGAUUCAGAAGCCACCACUGUCGAUAAUAAAGGUGCUGAUAAGCAUGAAAGAAAAUAUAAUACUGACAAAACACUUAACUUAACUAAUCUCAAUUCGGAAUUAUAUUGA